CAAAGGUAUGAGAUCGGGGAACUCUAGUUUUCAGCUCUGUUACUUACAUGGCAUCAUAUAUUAGGUAUCAGGUAAUAAGCUACUGUACAACUUAUUACAAAAGUUCAUUGUACAAUUUUCACACAUAACUUCAAUUUCUGAUGAUGUAUUUUUUGCACUCAUUUUUAUGAAGAAAGAACUUUGAAAUAACGUUUUGCAUGACAAUUUCAUCAGGUACAAUGUAUGGCAACCUGUACACAUGUGGAAUGUGAGAGAUGAGAGAAAUUUUGAGAUUGCUAACGAUACAUUGUAUUGGCUUAAAUUUUCUACUUCACGUGUAAACUUCCGUGUAUACUACACACAUACACAUGUACUGUACAAUACAAAUGUACACAACACGCACUGGACCCUCAACCACCAACUAUUGAAACAGUCUGUGAACAUAACUAACUAGUACAUAAACAACAGUGAUAGAAUCUGACAUUUGGUUCUCCACAUUUCCUUUGGAUAAAGCAUUCGUUUUUGUACGAGAGUGCUUGUACAUGUACGCUACUCUAGUAUCAUAGAAAGUGAUACUACAUUGACUGUAUUUCAUCAGGCUAGCCCAUUCAGUAUGUAAACCAAGGUCCUAUCAGGUAUCAAGAAUAAACAAGGACUAGCUGUAUUGACUUUCAUCACAACAUUGUUUAGGUCUCCCAUAGCAACCUUUACAUCAUUGUGAUCUACCAUUACAGUACUGUAGUACAGUUGAAACCAUUCCACGAAGGGAGGAAAAAUUAAGAAGAGUUGAUGUUAACUUCAUGUUUGUGAAGAAUUCAGCCAUCCUUUGGAAAUAUUGUAGUCAAAACUAAUAUAUGUACCAGAGUUGCCCAGGUAGAACUAUCUUUUCCUUUAGAGAAUGACUUGAUUUGUUUGACUACUUUAGAUACACCCCUCAUGACCACUUGUAAGUCCUACAUGUAGCUGGAUGGCUUUUUCAGUCCUGUCAACAAACCAUUGAUCCCACUGAAAGUGGAAUCAUUUCAGCCUCUAAUACUGGCCAAUUUUCAGCAUGCGGUAAAAAAGUGACUACCUAAGUAACACUGCUGUGUAACGUCAGUAAGUCAGUACCUGUGGGUGUGUUUAGUUAGCUGUUGAACAUUGUUGAAUCACCAAAUUGCUGUUUACAGUAAACAAGACGUACCAGCAAUGACAGAGAAGUUCUGGUUUGAGAGGAGUCCUAGUAGAGGACGAAUACAAUAUAGAGCAAGGAGUGCUAUAGACCGAGAACAUGAUGUGUACUGCCUCAGUAGCAGAGUUCCCACCAGUGUAAUGCCUGAACAUCCCAAUGGCAGGAGUUCCAAAGCCCACAGCCUUUACCCAGCAUCCACUGCUUCUCAACAUUCUGACCCGCGUCACCAACGAUUGUCAGGAUGGAACAGACCUCCGCAGGCUGUCAGCCCCUCUGGCAGUUUCUCAACAGGACCAGCAUCCUCUGUAAUCACAGCGUCCACAGACAUCAGGGGGACCUCCUCAACACAAGGAAGCACUGAUAGGGUUAAACCAUGGAAGAAAGACACACACAACAUAGGAAACAAAACAUACCAGGACAGUGCCACACCUUUAAUGUCCUGGGCAUGGCUGGCAGGAAGAAGACAAGCACUGGAGAUGGCAAUGAUUAAAUACUUAGCAAAUCCUGAAUGGGUCCUACCUAACAGGAGGGUCAAACAUGUAGACUUUGUAGAUCCUUCAGGAUCUUUCUUGCACAUACACUCCAAAUUCAGUAAACUUGGAAUCAACCUCCUUUGUCCAUGUGGAUUUCAUGAUCAUCACGGGAAGAAGAUUAAUCUUGAGACCAAUAACACAGGACACAAGAUCACAGCUCUGUACAAAGAUUCUUCUCAUUCCCUUCAGGAUGGGCUUGUUUUCUUAUCCCAUCCAUUACGUACUGAGGACACCAUUGUGUUGAAGAUAAAGAGAGUUGAUAAAAGAAUGAGUAUUCUAUACAUGUGCCUAACCACCACUGACCCAGCCAUGCUGUCACAAAUGUCCCUCCCAACUGGAUGCCUGAGUCCGAGCUCCAAGUCCCCUGCCUGGUUUGAGUCUGGUGUGCUGCAGGGCCUGAAGCCUGGUGACCUCCUCUUCAUCAGGUUAACAGAUGAAGGAACCCUGUACUGCCAAAGGAAUAAUGAAGAAGACCGCUUCAUCCUACAUGUAUUUGAUCUGUCUCAGCACCUGUGGCUUGGCUUGUGCCUCAGUAUUGGCAUUAGGAAAGUCCAACUUGUGGGGCUGAUCCCGAGGGAGGCACCAGUACCUAGGACCACUGCUGAGCAUGUGCAUGUAGGCCUGGGCAGGAAGUCUAGCUCGUGUCUCUGCCACAUGUGCAACAAGAGGUGUGGAGAGAAGGUUGUGUUUACUUGUGGCCAUGUCUGGCUCUGUCCGUCCUGUGAAGCCCAGCUGUAUUGCAGGAUGUGCAGGAGAGCCAUGUGCCGGUCCAGCUGCCCAGUCUGCACACAGACUUCACCUCCACAAGUCGGCAUGCCACAGCCUCCUGUGUAGAGUCUUACACAUGGUUACUACAGUGUAUAUCAUACAUACAACGCCGGUCUUCUGCACUCUGUUGUUAUAUUACUCCUCUAGAAGUCUCGUCUGAAAAAUGUGGUAGCUAUUGCAAAGUAUUGUUAGUACUUAUAAUAAAAGAAAAUUUAUGUUAUACAUGUAUAAAUAUACAGAAUAGAAUUAUCUUUUGACAAGGUGAGCAGCAAGUAAGGUGUAUCAUAAUCAUGGUGAAUUGUUUUGUGCUCUAACAUGUUGUCUUGAUACAUUUCUUACAAAGUCCCAAAUCUUAGGAAGGUUUGUAACAUUUCGUUGCUUGAGUGAAUGUCUGGGACAGGCACUUUUGGCUGACAAAAUGUGGAAGCAAUGAUAUUAUGGAAGUUUUUAAAAACUUUUGAAAGUGAAAUGAAACAAAAUUGUUGAAUGCUGGAAUACGCUAUAAUUGCUGUAGAAGAAUAUCGCAUGUUUGAAGAUAACAGUAAUACAAUCAUGUAUCAGCAUGAAAGUUCAUCUGAGUUGGUAAAUUACAUGAUUAUGAAAAAUUUAAACUGUUCUCCAACUCAUAAAUUUCACUCACCGGAAUUUUCGUGUGAUUUUUCCUACUCGUGACGUCAGUUAAGGGUCAAAGGUUGUCAGGGCACUAAUCUUCAACCUUCGCUCAACCGGGACGGGGGGCGAUAUCGACUUCAGACAACCUUUGACCCUUUGCUGAUGUCACGCGUGGGAAAAAAUCAUGUGUCCACAGCAUUUGGGUCAGAUAGCUGAGGAAGACUGAGUGAUUCAGUUGAAAAUUCCGGUGAGGAAAAUUUAUGAGUUGGAGAACAGUUUAAAUUUUUCAUAAGGCAAUACAUGUAUGUUAUAUACAUGUAUGUACAAUACUGGAGAACAUUUUAAAUUUUUCAUAAGGUAAUACAUGUAUGUUAUAUAUAUAUGUACAAUACUGUAGGUGAUGUUUGUUACUGAGAUCCAUAUUGUGAAGGGCAACUUGCAAAAGUGCGUAUGUACUUGUUUUACCCUCCCUUUUACAUGUGA